AUGGAAGCUUCUCCAAUUCCUUCAACACCGAUGGGAAAGUUUGAGGAACCGAAGUAUGGCCGCGUGCUCCUGUCAAGUACAUUCCCUACCGCUUCUCUUCAAAAAAUUAUGUCCUCAGCUCUGCAUAACCUGGAAGGCUACAGAGUUCUAGGGAGACCAAGAAUAUGCCAAGCAGGGGGUAAACCUCCUCCAGAUCCAUCUUUGGUUGCUGACAUCGAAGCAGAACUCAACAAAGAGAUUGUGGAGAUGCGGCAGCCAACACCAACCGUUCUCAAGAAGAAGCGAAAAAGGAAAGCGAGUAAAAAAUUAGAAGAAGAGAGAGCUUCAGAAGAUUCUCAAAGUUCAAAGCCAAUGAAAGCCAUCAAAGUCGAGGCGGUGGACGAGAUGGAGACAGGAGCUAACCGAAAAGAUGCACCACGAGCUACAGUGUCUGAUGCAAAACCCUCUCACAGUUCAUUGUCGUCUACUACAGUGGAAGUUGUUGACGCACGAACAGACAACAGUAAUGGCAGCCUCAAAAUCCGCAUCAAAUUGCAUGCCCAGAGGAACAGUGCUGAAGCAACCAUUGAAAGUUGGAAGCCACCCAAACCAGUUAACGUUCGUCCAUGGGCUCAACUAAAUGUAAUGGAACAGUCCUAUGUCGCAAAACUGGCUUCAUUGCUCAAAGUCAGCGAGGUUGACAUCUCAAGAAAAGACUGGUUUGAAGAGAUUUGCGGAAAGGUUUGUUCCCCGUGGGAUUUUUAACA